UAAGAAAACGAAGAAAGGGUAUGUUUUUAGCUAGCUAGUAUAUCACUAUUCCUUUACAUGUAAUGAACUCUUUCUUAUUCUCACUCACACUUAAGGCUAGCUAGCAUAAAACUACUGACUGAGCUGGCUGGCAUAAAAUAGAGCAAUAGAACAAACAUAUAACAUAUACAGCUAGCAUAAAACUGGCUACAGAGCUAGCAUAAAUUUAACUACUUAGCUGGCAUAAAAUUAGCUAAUUAGGGUAGCAUAAAAUUAUCUACAUAGCUAGCAUAGAAAAAUUUUUUCACGGCUGUUUCGCUACGGUCAAACCGCGGAGAAAAUUAAAAUGGCUUCCACAAUUUUUUUUGAAAUUUUGUAUUUUUAUCAUUUUUUAAAGGGGCACUCCAGUGAAAAAAAAUAUUUGAAAAAAAUGUUAUUUUUAUAAGACAAUACAUAAAUAUGUCAAAAUAAACCUUUUACAAUCGUUAAAAAUCUUUAUUUAUACCUUAAUCGCGUCCGUAAACAUCUUCAAUUUCAAAUAAAUUUGCAAGGUCGCGUAAAGUCGAGAGGACUAGGUCCGAAUAAAUUAGCAUACGUCACAUCGUGCAAAAAGUCCGUGAGCUCAGCAGCACGCCUUCUAAAAGUUUUGUUUACUUACUGUUUACAUUGUUCGUUGAUAAGAUGUCUUGUAAUAAUGACGAAGAAUAUAACUUAGAAAGCUCAGAAUCGGAUAAUUCUCUUCAUGAAAAAGACUUUACAAAGCUACAGCCAUACGAAUUUGAACCUCUUGUGUCUGACGAGGAAGAAGUUAGUAACGGUGUAGAAAAUGACGAGGUUUCUUUUACUGAUGCAGAGCCACGUACGGGUAAUGCAAAUUGGUGUGAAUGUGGAAAUUGUAGAGCAAUGGAAACCGAUACUGAAAGCGUGUGCUGUGUCGAGUCGAGUGCUUUUCUGAGUACGUAUAAAACAAAAAAGAAAAAAGUGAUUUUUACUGGAGUUCCCCUUUAAGUUUUUGAAACUUUUUUUGUAUUGUUUUAAUUUUACUGAAAUAAAAAGUAUUAAAACGACCUACUUUUCUACUUUUUUAAUAUAUAAAUAUGUUAUACAUGUGUGUUAUGGAUUUCGAGUUAUUUCGUCGAAAAAAACACACAAAAUUAAAAAAAACAUUAUUUUUGGCGAAAGUAUACCAUCUUUCCAACCUCGUGGCAACGCCGCGCUAGUAGCUACGGACUUGACAGUUGGUAUGGGGGCCUGGAAACAAGAUUCUAUCGCCCAGUACCGUGCACCGUUCGUCUCACAAACUAUAAACUACUUAAAUUUUAAGUUAAAGUCUUCUUCAGGCGCUAAAAAAGAGAAGAAAAAGUUCCCAAAGUGGUGCACGGGAAUUUGGUUGGUGUGAUCCCUUUUCUGCCUAAUUAAAUAAGUAUCUAAACUUCUAAGAGAGUCAUAGCGAUGCCAUUUAAUGUUUUGUUAGGUAUGGUUUUUCUCAAAAAAAUUACGGCGGCGUGGUGUUUACCUUGGACUUGAUUGCUCGACCCGGGAAUCCUGGUUCGAAACCGGAAUUUUUCGAAAAUGUUGGAAUAAGCGAGACAACGGUGUCUUUGCAAUUUUUUAGCUAGCUAAAGUUUGGCAGAGCACGAGUUAAGACUUUGGUGGGCUUUCUCAAGAUGAAAUUGUUGAAUUCAAAGAUGUUUUUAGCUACCUAGCUAGCUAAUCUUGGCUUUAACACAAGAUUGGGUGCUAUUUUAUACAGUUUAUAAAGAAACACAAAAUGAUUGCUUUGUAUAUAUAUAAUAAAUAAAAUAUUUAUGCACAA